GGACGACCUUGACCCCUUCUCUCGACAUUCCAUAUCGCAUAAACCGGCGUACUAACAACGACGGCCUGAAGGUCACGGAAUUUCAAAAUCUACCAUGUUCUAUUCAUUAGACAGAGUUCGGUGACCUGCGAACAUCGAUCCGGGAUCUCUACUGACAUCGUACAGGACAGUCGGAUCAAGAGUUUUGAGUGCGAAGGCUCAUGGUGACCUGUGACCAUACCACCAUGCCCAAGACCUGACCUUGGCCUAGUUUACGACGUAGGCAUGUCACAAAAGCGAUGAACCGCCGAGUGUGAGGUGAUAAACAAGAAAGAUUUAUCUAAUCUCCGUGAUUACGGAACGCAAUGGCAACAUCAGGCAAACUCAUCAUCCCGGAGUCUGCUGAAGACAUCGCCCCCUCCUGGGUGCAACAGGUACUGCAGCGGGACCUCCUUGGUGUCACCAUCACAGACGUCUAUGUAAAGGGACGAAUCGGCGAAGGAGAGGGAUUCAUGGCCAACAUCGUCGCUUUUGAUGCCUUAGGAACCAGGAAUGGUACAAGUCAGUGUUACAGUCUCGUCGCUAAACUUACGGACUUAUCAUCCACACUCUGCCCAAGGGAUAACCUAAUAGACUAUGAGAGGGUAGAGAUAGUGUUCUAUUCCCGUGUAGUUCCGGAGCUCCUGUCUGUGGCUGCCGACGACCAUCGCCCUUUUGAUGAUUCCUUCUUCCUCCCGAAAUGCUACUUCGCCGCCACCGACCCGAGCUCCAUGGUGUCCGUCAGGGUUAUGGAGAACCUAAAAACUCAGGGGUUCUCCAUAAAACCCGACCUCCAGCCGCUGGGCCGUGAGGAGAUGAUGCUGACAGUCGGGGCCCUGGCGCAGUUGCACGGCCUGUCACACCGGCUGGAUGUUCGGUCGGGCGUCCCCCUCCCGGAGAAGUGCACAUUUGGACCAUUCUCCCCGCCAGUGGUUGCCCAUCUCUGCAAGAAAGGAUUGAAGACGUUCGCAGAAGCGUUUCCGGAGGAGAAAGACCUGUUAUUCCGUCUGGAGAAGGUCGUCAACGUCCAGAGAUUUCUGGAAGACCUGGCAGACAGAAAAAGCUCGAGACUCAGGGUUCUCAACCAUGGAGACUGCUGGACUAACAACAUCAUGAUCAAGUACGACGGAGACGUGCCCACAGCGGUAAAACUGGUGGACUGGCAGGUGAUCCAGUACGUGCCGCCGACCUAUGACCUGGCCAUGCUGUUCCUCUGUUCCGCGGGUUGGGACGUCUUCCACAACCACAGGGACGCCAUCCUGGCGCACUAUCACCAACAGCUGCAGGACACGCUGGGGCAAAACGACCCCUCGGACCUACAGAGCUACACACUGGAACAGCUGAAGGCAGACUUCCAGACCGACUGUCUGUACGGGGUGUUCAGCCGCGUCAUGCGGAUGGAGAUUGUCCUGCGCCCGGACCCAGACUUCCUGCGGAUGAUUCAGGAGAUCAAGGAGUGGGGAGUUCUCUAAAGGGUCGUAUUUCCGUGGUUUUGACUUACGUUAGCCACCUUACAUGGUAUGGUCGCAUUUCUAAACCGGGGCCUGGCCGAGCUGUUUGCGGGAACGAAAAAUAAAGGUUUGUGCACAAGAAAGAUACACAAAUCAUGCUCAUGACUACCUGUUGAGUAUCUAGUGCAUAUGUUUUGUUGUCUUAUAGAUACCAGUAAUAGCCUUGGUUCCCGCGAUAACUGCCCGGUCGGGCAUACUGUUGGAAAUGUGUCCUGAGCA